UUUUCCUUAAAAUAAUUUUGAAGGAACCUGUCAUAUGAGGGAUUUUGUCCUUCCGUGUUUUGACUAGUAAUGGUAUCUUUCUGAAUUUUGGUUUGUAAACAACACACACAGAUCCAUCGAUUCUUGAAAGGAAAAGCAGUGAUGUGCAAUGCAGAGAUCACGUGAAGCUCUUCUACAAAGAAGAAGAGCUAAAACUCAACUCUCUCUCUCGUUGCUUUUUGUUUUAUGGCCUCUAAUCUUCCUCUUCAGUCGCGCUCAUGGUUACACUCCUACACCCUCAGUUCGAUUGUCAAAUUGGAAGGAAGAUAAGCACCGACAGUGUAAAACCUCUAAUUCUGCUAAUAAAUGUUUGCUCAAAGAAACUCAUGAUUACAUUCUCCCAAAUUAUAAGGAAGAUUGUGAUACUCCCACUGUAGUGGAUGCUCAAAUGUCUGAUCACUUACCUUGGGCUGUGCCUCUCGGUCUUGAUGAAUUCAAGAGCAGGGCAAUUAGUUCUAAAAUUAAGUCUGGCACUUCUGGUUCCUCUGGAAGUGUUAUGCAUAGAGUGGAGCCUGGUGGUGCAGAAUACAAUUAUGCUUCAGCCUCCAUGGGAGCAAAAUUAUUAGGUUCUAACAAAGAAGCCAAAGGCGCCUCUAAUAUCUUAAGCAGAGACAAAGAUAAGUAUCUUCGCAAUCCAUGUUCCGCCGAAGACAAAUUCGUCAUCAUAGAACUUUCUGAAGAAACCUUGGUAGAUACAAUAGAAAUAGCUAAUUUUGAGCACCAUUCUUCCAACUUAAAAGCUUUUGAACUUCUCGGAAGUCUGAGCUUUCCAACAGAUGUUUGGGUUUUCCUUGGGAAUUUCACUGCCUCAAAUGUGAGGCAUGCUCAGAGGUUUGUUCUUCAGCAGCCUAAAUGGGUGAGAUACCUAAAGUUGAAUCUUCAAAGUCACUAUGGUUCUGAAUUUUAUUGCACACUAAGCGUAGUUGAAGUUUAUGGUGUGGAUGCUGUUGAGAGGAUGCUGGAGGAUUUGAUACAUACUCAAGAUAAUCUAUUGGCACCUGGAGACGGUAAUGCUGAUAAAAUGACAGUAUCACCCCAUCCUAAUCCUCCUGAGAGUGAAGAUGCUCAUCAAAAUACUUUUGGAGGGAUCAAUUCUUAUCCUGCUUCAGAUAUCUCUUCUGCAAAUCAUGAGAAACUAAAUAGUAACGUUCCUGAUCCAGUGGAAGAAAUCCGUCAACAAGUUGGCAGGAUGCCUGGGGAUACUGUUCUCAAGAUUCUGAUGCAGAAAGUUCGUACUCUAGACUUAAAUUUGUUUGUUUUGGAGCGGUAUAUGGAGGACUUAAAUACUAGAUAUGUCAAUAUUUUCAAAGAGUACAGCAAAGACAUUGGAGGAAAAGAUAUACUUAUACAGAAUAUCAAAGAAGACAUUAGGAAUCUCGUUGACCAGCAAGAUGCUAUAACAAAAGAUGGAAGUGAUCUCAAAUCUUGGAAGUCCCAUAUUUCCAUGCAGUUUGGUCAUCUACUCAGGGACAAUGCUGUUUUGAGGUCCGAGGUUAAUGAAGUCCGCAGGAAGCAAGCAUCUUUAGAAAACAAGGGUGUGUUAGUGUUCUUAGUGUGUUGUAUUUUUUCAAUGCUAGUUAUAUUACGGCUAUCUCUAGAUAUGGCUACGAGUGUCUAUAGAGUAUUACAAAGUGUUAAUAGAACAGAUUGCUCCAGGAAAUUUUGUGCCGUUAGCUCUUCAUGGUUUCUCCUAUUAUUGAAUUGUAUCAUUAUUAUUUUUAUAUUAACUCUGUGAUAGUCCAUUUUUUAAAUAUGUUGUUAACUUGUGUGAGAUGCUUGGUUUCAAUAUAGAUAUAGAAACUGUCUUCAAA